CGACAGCUUCAUGACAGCUCGCAGCGUCCUCCUCCUCCUCCUCACGUUUAGUGUCUGUAAGCUCCUCUAACUCCGCUUUCCACCCUCGAACAGCCGCGCAGCUGCUACCCCGGACCCGCCAUGCUGUCCUACAUCAUCGGGCUGAUCAGAGGCGGCUUCGACAGCAUCAUCAACCUCAUCUUCAGACUGUUCUUCUCCAAGAGGAGACCCGCCAUCACCUUGCAGGACCCCAACAUCAAAUAUGCACUGCGGCUCAUCGACAAGCAGAUCGUCAGUCAUGACACGAGGAAGUUUCGCUUCGCUCUGCCGUCUCCUGAACACGUCCUCGGACUCCCCAUCGGACAACACAUCUACCUGUCUGCUAAAGUGGACGGGAAGCUGGUGGUGCGGCCGUACACCCCCGUCUCCAGCGACGACGACAGCGGCUACGUGGACCUGGUGGUGAAGAUUUACUUCAAAGACGUCCACCCGAAGUUCCCUGAGGGAGGGAAGAUGAGCCAGUACCUGGAGGGGCUCAAGCUCAACGACACCAUCGACUUCAGGGGCCCCAGUGGCCUGCUGGUCUACAGAGGGAGAGGAGCCUUCGACAUCCAGCCUGACAAGAAGUCUGCAGCUGAGAGGAAGACGGCCAAACACCUGGGGAUGAUCGCCGGAGGGACCGGCAUCACUCCCAUGCUGCAGAUCAUCACAGCCGUGAUGAAGGAUCCUCAGGAUCGAACCGUGUGUCACCUGCUGUUUGCUAACCAGACGGAGAAAGACAUCCUGCUGCGGCCCGAGCUGGAGGAGAUUCAGGUCAACCACCCCGAACGCUUCAAGCUGUGGUUCACGGUGGACCGAGCGCCCGAGGACUGGGAGUACAGCCGAGGCUUCAUCAGCGAGGAGAUGGUGCGGGACCACCUGCCGCCGCCCGGAGACGACACGCUGAUCCUCAUGUGCGGCCCGCCGCCCAUGAUCCAGUUCGCCUGCAACCCCAACCUGGACAAAGUGGGUCACUCCGAGAGCCGGCGCUUCACCUUCUGAGGGCCCGGCGGUCCGUCGGGGGGGGCCCGUCCGGGGCCCCUAGCUCCCUCAGCUGCUUCGGUAUUGCACUAUGUAUACUUUAUAUUCUACGGUCUGCCACCAUGUCCAUCAUGCAGCAGAGGACCAAGGAGAACGUUAGCUGGAGGCAGGUAGGGACACGCUGAUGGUCAAUACUACGUUGUAGAGUUUUUGUGGUUGAUGUAAAGUGUUGAGGAGCAGGUGAGCCUCGUUCAGGUUCACCAGCUGUGGGUUUUUUUUUUUCUCAGUGCCUUAACUGCAAAGCUGUUUUCUAGUCAUGCAUCCGACACGAUCACCGAUUUAAUCCCGUUUUGAUUUAAAUGUUCUCGCUGCCGCCGCCUGCCGUCACGUCGGUUUGAAUAUGCAACAUAAACGUCCUGCUGCCGAGGAUCUCUGCCGUUACUCUUGUAUGUGUGUUUUAGAGAUUCUGUUCAAAAUGACAAACGAAACAGUCUUUCUCCAAUUUUAUUAACAAAAAAAUGUCAAAAACACAACAGACGGUCAAAACAGAACAGGAAAUGAAGGUUUGGCUUCUGUCAGCUGCGAUGUGCCGAUGCUAAGCUAAGCUAACCCUUCUGAUUCCAGCUGUGAAUCUGAAACACGAGUGGCAUUAAAUCCCACCAGGACAGUGGGAAAAUCAAGUGAAUUUGAGGUAAAAAUUGCCUGUAGCUUUAAAAGAGUCUCUUCACUGCUCUGCUGCUUUUCUUUGGUAACACUGAUCGAUGCACGUUUCUGUUUCUGGUAAUAAAGCAGAAAACAGUCAAAACAAGUGAUCCGACUGAAUUUAUGUUACUGUCACUUCACUAAAUCUGCUCUUUAAUAUUCAAACAACGGGGAGAGAAGCUUAAAUCGGUGAUUAAGAUGAAUGAGGAGAGGAAACAUGUUCAUGCAUUAUGUUUGGGAGAACGUCAAUAAAUACAUGGUCAUAAAG